AUGGAUGGAAAGUGUGUCUACAUUGCUGCAUUAUUGUUUGUUCACUGUCUUACAUCUGCUUUAGCAGACACUGCUGAUCAAUCAGCUCUUUUCACACUUAAUUCUGGCAAUAAUGGAGUCAUAACCUUGGAUAUUUCCGGCAUGAGCCUUACCGGUAGCAUUCCAUCCUCUCUUUCCAAUAUGUCCAAACUGCAGGAGCUGGCUUUGGACCUGAAUUCCCUAGAAGGAAGCAUUCCAAGGGAAAUAGGGGAUCUUCGUUUUUUGACCUUGCUAAACGUGCAACCUAAUCAGCUUACAGGUUCAGUCCCGAAUGAGAUUGGGAAUCUUCGCAGAUUGGAAGUAUUUGGAAUCCAUGACAGCAGGAUCUCAGAAUCUUCUAUCAGGAGAAUUCAGGUUCCUCGCUUCUUUGACAAAAUGCAGAAAUCUAUCAAAAAUUUAUAUCAGCGAGAAUCCUUAAAUGGUAUACUUCCAGCUUCCAUUGGUAACUUGACCUCUCUUGUGAUAUUUGAUGCAAUCACAUGUAAAAUCAGUGGCUAUAUUCCAGAAGAAAUUGGAAACUUAAGUAAACUUGUCGAUCUAAGUUUAUCUGACAAUGACUUGACUGGAUUCAUGCCCAAGACGGCUGAAGGUUUACAAAACCACGAGAGGUUGUACUUUGACAGCAACAAGAUAAGUGGAUCACUCCCAGACAACAUCUGCAAUUUGCAAAACCUUGGUGAUCUGAAUUUGACAGGGAGUCAAAUUUCUGGUCCAGUUCCAUCCUGCAUAGGAAACAUUACUUCCCUGAGAAACCUUUAUCUAGGUUCCAACAAUUUCAGCUCCAGUUUACCAUCGAGCUUAUGGGCGUUGAAAGAUCUUCUGAGAUUUGAUGCAUCCUCAAACAUGUUACUUGGCCGUGUACCUCCUGAAAUUGGAAAUCUGAAAGCUGAAAUAUUGAUUGAUCUCUCCAAAAAUAACUUUUCUGGAAUAAUGCUACUUCUGUAG